AUCCGGGUCGAGGUGCCCCAGGAGAGCAAUGGAACUGAACAGCAAGAAGAAGCUUCACGCCCUGUCCUUGGCUGAGAAGAUUCAGGUGCUGGAACUCCUGGAUGAGUCCAAGAUGUCCCAGUCGGAGGUGGCUCGGCGCUUCCAGGUCUCACAGCCUCAGAUCUCACGCAUCUGCAAGAAUAAGGAGAAGCUACUGGCAGACUGGUGCAGCGGCACAGCCAACCGGGAGCGCAAGCGCAAGCGAGAGUCCAAGUACAGCGGGAUCGACGAGGCUCUUCUCUGCUGGUACCACAUUGCCCGGGCCAAGGCCUGGGACAUCACAGGGCCCAUGCUGCUCCACAAAGCCAAGGAACUGGCUGAUAUCAUGGGCCAGGAUUUUGUGCCCAGCAUAGGCUGGCUGGUCCGCUGGAAACGCCGCAACAAUGUAGGCUUUGGGGCUCGCCAUGUCCUCACCCCUCCAUUCCCUCCUGAGUCCCCGACCCUAGGCCUUAUGUGCCAGGCCCAGCCACUGCCUCUUUCUCUCAAAGACUUCAUCCCAGAAGAUGUUUUUGGCUGUGCCGAAGUACCCUUGCUGUAUCGGGCGGUGCCCGACAGGAGAGUGCCAUGUGAUCAGGUACAGGUGCUACUGUGUGCCAAUAGUAGGGGCACAGAGAAGCGGCGGAUAUUGGUGGGUGGGCUCCAGGCUGCCCCAAGAUGCUUCUUUGGGGUCAGCAGUGAAGCACUGCCUGCCACCUACCACCCUGACCUAAGCAUCCCCUGGUCAGAAUGGCUGGCACAGUUUGACCAGGACAUGGGGCAGCAGGGCCGAAAAGUAGCUUUGUUGCUGGCUGCCCGAGUGGUGGAGGAGUUGGUAGGCCCGCCUGGGCUCCACCAUGUGAGGCUCUUGCCUCUGGCCACCUCCAGCACCACACCAUCCCUGCCCAGCUCUGUGGUCUGGGCCUUUAAGGCCCAUUAUCGGCACCGUCUGCUAGGCAAGCUGGCUGCAGUCCAGACCAAGAGGGAUGGCGCCUCAUUGACCGAGGCUGGAACGGGCAUCACGGUGCUGGAUGCCUUGCACAUGGCUGCGGCUGCCUGGGCAAAGGUGCCCCCUCAGCUCAUUUUGAGCAGCUUCAUUCAGGAAGGACUAGCUCCUGGCAAAACAUCUCUGUCCCCAGACAUAGCCUCUGAGAUUCCACCAGUCCCCACUGGGCUGAGCCAGGAAGAGUUUUCCCGAUUCGUGGACCUGGAGGGUGAGGAGGUAGGACCUGGAAUGUGCAAGGAGGAGACAGGCGCUGAAGACCAAGAGGGGGCCAGGGAGGACAGCUUUGAGCCCUUGCCUACCAAAGCUGAUGCCCUGCAGGCCCUGGGCACCUUGCGGAGGUGGUUUGAGUGCAACGGUGCCUCCCCAGAGCUCUUUGAAAAAUUCUAUGACUGUGAGGCAGAGGUGGAGCGGCUCUGCUGCCUAUAGGGCUCCUGGGCUGCUGCCAGAGCCCCUCUGCUGUUUCCCAUGGAAAUGCCUCUCCAGACGGCAGAUCAGGUCUUUCCCCUGGAAAUGCGCUGCAUGGAAAGUGAAGAGGAGAGAGAAGUGGGACACCAAGUCUAAGCUCAGAGCAGAUGUCGUCCAGGCCUUGAGAAGAGGCCCUUAGGACAGCCAGGGCGUCUGAGCCGUGUAGUUCCCGGACCUUUUGUGAAGGCUCUAGAGCUUUGGAAGGGCUGGGACUUGGGAAGGUAGAACUUGGGCUUUACAGACAGUGGCUUCAUCCCUUCAAUUCUAUGUUCAAAACACUUCUGCUUCUGGAAAUAAA